GAAGGAGAGGAAAAAAGGAAAAACGGUUCAUUCUGGUAGUCGGAGCGAUGAGGGAGCACCAUUUUAGGAGGUGCUUUUGAUGGAGGAGCCAGACUCUGGGAAUGAGAGGACGGAGUCUGAGUGGAAGCAAACGUGCGCAGACCGCUGUGAACGGAGACGAUGACAGAAGAGGAGCUGGGAUCCAGAGCGAUGAAGCAUCCUUCCCUUUGAUCCUGAGCAAACACCAGUGAGGAGGAAGCAGGAGAAGAACUGCUAAGUCAGUGAAGGAAAGCAGCGGAAAAGAGAGGAGGAGCCGCCGUGCUGACCCCCCCCCCGCAGUCAUCGGGCACUCGGCCCCCACCGGCAGGCCGCGGCGGCGCAGCACAUCGCCAAGGUGGCAGGAGAAGCUGGAGCUGAGCGGAGGUGGACAGCAGCCCGAGACGACAGCGACAGAGAGAGCCGAGGAGGCGGCGAAACGGUGUGGUGUGGAGGCUCGGUGCUGAGGGAGAGGCGGUGGGGGAGGGGAGGCGGUCCUGUGGAGACAGAGGAGGAGGCGAGGAGACUGAUGGCGCGCGGCGGCGGCGGCGCUGGGCGGUGGAGCAGGCAGAGGAUGGGCUUCCUGAAUACUGUGCUGCGCUGCAACCUGCCCCCCGAAACACAGAAGGUGGUGGUGUUCUUCAUCAUGAUGCUGCUCAUCAUCAUCAACGUGGUGCUCAUGUUUCUGCUGGCCUUCCAGUAGAGCGCGGACACACACACACACACACACACACGGGCACAUGAGGAGGACACCAGACAGACGGAGGCUGCACCGGAGGCGCUCUCGGACCCUCGGACUCGGCAGCAGAGGAGCUCAGCUGAUCAGCGAUGGCAGCGUCGUCUUCGCCGAGGCUCUGUGGGAUCACGUCACCAUGGACGUGCAGGAGCUGGGCUUCAAAGCUGGUGACGUCAUAGAGGUGGUGGAUGCAACCGACAAGGAGUGGUGGUGGGGUCGCAUCAUGGACAGUGAGGGCUGGUUUCCUGCCAGCUUUGUUCGGUUGCGUGUAAAUCAGGAUGAACCAAUGGAGGAGUAUCUGGCACAUCUAGGGGAGAUUCAGGCUCUUGAUGAAGGCCAGGCCAGUCUCGGUUCUCUAUCAGGACCUGGCCUACCCUGCAAAGAACAAAUGAGAACCAAUGUCAUCAAUGAGAUCAUGAGCACCGAACAAGACUACAUCAAGCAUCUGAAGGACAUAUGUGAGGGUUAUAUCAAACAGUGCCGUAAGAGGACAGACAUGUUCACUGAAGACCAGCUGCGCACAAUCUUUGGGAACAUCGAAGACAUAUACCGAUUCCAGAGGAAGUUCCUGAAAACCUUGGAGAAGAGAUUCAACAAGGAGCAGCCGCAUCUCAGCGAGAUUGGCUGCUGCUUCUUAGAAUAUCAAACAGAUUUCCAGAUUUAUUCAGAGUAUUGCAACAACCACCCCAAUGCCUGCGUCCAGCUCUCCAAACUGAUGAAGGUCAACAAGUACGUCUUCUUCUUUGAAGCCUGCCGGCUGCUGCAGAGGAUGAUCGACAUUUCUCUGGACGGCUUCCUGCUCACUCCAGUUCAGAAGAUCUGCAAAUAUCCGCUGCAGCUGGCUGAACUGCUCAAAUACACCAACCCUCAGCACAGGGACUACAAAGACGUUGACGCUGCCCUAAAUGCCAUGAAAAAUGUUGCCAGGCUUAUCAAUGAGAGGAAACGGCGCCUUGAAAACAUUGAGAAGAUUGCCCGCUGGCAGAGCUCCAUAGAGGACUGGGAGGGGGAGGAUGUUCUCAGCAGAAGCUCUGAACUCAUCUUUUCUGGGGAGUUAACCAAGCUGUCCCAGCCUCAGAACAAGAGUCAGCAGAGAAUGUUUUUUCUCUUCGAUCAUCAGAUGAUUUACUGUAAAAAGGAUCUCCUGCGCCGGGACAUGCUGUACUACAAAGGCCGGCUGGAAAUGGACCAGAUGGAAGUGAUAGACCUGGAGGACGGCAGAGAGAAAGAUUUCAAUAUAAGUGUAAAAAAUGCCCUGAAGCUGCGAUCCUUAAAUACAGAAGAAAUCCACAUUUUGUGUACCAAGAAACCUGAGCAGAAAGCGCGCUGGCUCAGAGCCUUCGCCGAUGAGAGACGGCAGGUCCUUCAUGACCGUGAGACAGGCUUUUCUCUGACUGACCUGCAGAAGAAACAGGCCAUGCUAAAUGCCUGUAAAAGCCAUCCAGCUGGGAAGCCCAAAGCGGUGACCAGACCCUACUGUGACUUCCUGCUCCGGCAGAAACACCCGUCCCUGCCCACCGCUCUGCCACAGCAGCAGGUCUUCAUGCUGGCCGAGCCCAAGCGCAAGACCACCUUCUGGCAUAACAUCGGCAGGUUGACACCUUUCAAGAAGUGAAAGGAAGAAAAAAAUGGUUCAAGUGAAGUUGUGGAAGAAGGAAACGAAGGAGAAGAUGAGGAGCUCUCUGCCCGUGCCUGAAUAAAUCCUUUUAAAAUAGUCCUAUUUCUAUCCUGCACUUAACUUUUUGUGGAUUGAUACGCUGAGCUGUAUAGACGAAGAUUAUUAUGAUGAGGAUGAGAUUAUUCAUUGAAAGCACUUUAUAGGUUGGCUGAUGAUAAGACUUUAGGGGUCUCCUGGACAGAAAAGGUGAACCCUUGCUUCAUCAAACGUCAGUAGCUGCGACGGUUCUGCUUCAGGAGACUGUAAGAAGAAUGACUGGACUGCCUCUGUGAAACCAAGCCGUUGCUGUUGGAAGGCUUUCGAUGUGCGUCCUCUUAGGGCGGAGGGAGAAUUGUGCUAAGGAGGACGUUUCGUGGCUCUCUCUGUCCCCGCCUGUCCUUCCAGUAUCAUUUCAACCACGUUUUAGGUGUUUUGUGGUCUUCGUGUGAGAACAUUGGUUCUGUACUUCUCUGGUGCAGUGGUGGUGUUGUGCAAACAUUUGUACACUGCUGCCGAAAGAUCAGAUGUUUUGGACUGAGCCAACAGCGGCACCCCCUCAUCAACCCCCCCCCCCCAGGAAUGGACCUUCCUGAGUCUGACCCUCAAGCCUGCUCAUAAGAGUUAAUCACCCACAGCCUCUUUCAUUUUGGUUUCUUUUAUGAAGUGCCAUUGGUGUGACACGGACAACCUGCCAUGACAUGCAUGGAUGUGACAAAGAAACUGUGAACAAUAUUUUUUUAGCUUUGGAAACUUCUGCUAUAAUUAUUGACCAGACUCAUGUUCUCGUGUCAGCCUGUGCUCAUGCUAUCCGGCAUUCCUGCUCUGUUGACCUGGUAUCCAGUAUAAUCUCCCGUCACAUUAAUGCAGCCUGGUGAUUUGCAUUCAGUGAAGGACUCUUUCCAACUUUAUAUUCUAAUGUUCAAAUGUAUUAAACGUUUCUUAGCUGAAUAACGGA